AUGUUGGUGUACCAGGAUCUCCUUACAGGUGAUGAGCUUUUGUCAGACUCUUAUCCAUACAAGGAAAUUGAGAAUGGAAUGUUGUGGGAAGUUGAGGGGAAGUGGGUUGUCAAGGGAGCAGUUGAUGUAAACAUCGGUGCAAACCCUUCUGCCGAAGGUGGAGAAGAUGAGGGUGUUGAUGACACUGCUGUUAAGGUGGUUGACAUUGUCGAUGUAUUCAGACUUCAGGAACAACCUCCCUUUGAUAAGAAGCAGUUUCUUGGCUUUGUUAAGAAGUAUAUUAAGCUGUUGACUCCCAAACUAGAUGCUGAGCAACAAGAGCACUUCAAGAAGAAUAUUGAGGGAGCAACCAAAUACCUCCUUGGCAAGCUCAAGGACCUUCAGUUCUUUGUUGGUGAGAGCAUGCAUGAUGAUGGUAGCUUGGUCUUUGCCUACUACAAGGAUGGUGCUGCUGACCCAACUUUUCUGUAUUUUGCUCAUGCUUUGAAGGAGAUCAAGUGUUAA